AGAAGACACUCCGCAAGCCGAGUACAUUUCCGGGCUGAUAAGCGUUCCUACUCGUAUGGGAGAGCUGAGCAGAUGGCUUCGGGGGCAAGAUCAGGAACGCGAGGGCGCGCUACCCACGGAGAGCGGAGCUUCGUCGCGAUCGAACGCCGACGGCAAGGUCACACAGUAUCUUCUGAACAUGCGAAAGUUUCAGCGCGCCAGAGCGAUUUGCCGUCUCGUGGAGCGAGAAGAGUGGGGCGCGAAGCCUACCCAGAUGAGCCCAGGGGCUGUCUCACUUGCAUCUGCGUGGGCUCUGUGAUGUGUAGCGAUGCCACUGCGCCUUUCUAUCAGAUGCAUGCAAAGGAACUCAAAGUUGCAAGAAACUGCACCUGGCUAGGUCGUAGGUUUUGUGCUAGAAAGGCGUCGCAGAGGAAGCGACUUAUGAACAUGAUUUGCAAAUUUAAGUGCGCACGCGCUACAGGCAUGCCGUGUCUUACUUCAGAAAUUCCUGUGUGGAAGUGAAAGGGCAGGCAGAGAAGAAAAACACAAAUCAAUCGCAAGCACCAUGCGAGAGCAGUAGCGGCUGGGGUUUUCGUGUUGAUAAUCCUGCUAGCCGAAGUGUGUUCAGAUGGAUGGAAGGACCACAAGCUUUCGCGUGUACCACUGGCAUUCGAACUGGAUGUGGACAUCCGAAUGCGCCCGACGCAGAUUGACGUUGCGCAGGAACUGCUCGACGGUAAGACCGACAGGCUGAUCGAGUUCAGUAUGGGAGAAGGGAAGACGUCGGUGGUGAUGCCUGUUUUGCUUGCCGCCGCAACGAGAAAAGGGCAGCUCAACCGAGUCACCGUCUUGCAACACUUGCUGGGGACGAAUCUGCGACAGUGGCAAAGCAAGCUCGGCGGUGUUUUAGACUUUCGACUGCAGCCCCUGCACUUCGACCGGAGCCGGCACUUUUCGGCGGAUGGGGUUGCUGGCGUGUUACAGAUGUUGCAGAGUUCGUGCGACAGCGGCAACACUGUCCUGGUGAUGUGUCCGAGCGACCGACUUGCCCUGGAGAACAAGCGCAGCGAGCUUGCAGCUGCGCUUCAUAUGACUGGCGACGGAGAGGCGGAGCCAGAAAGUCCAGUAGUCAGCGCCGAUGCUGCGGAGAACAAGGACGACAUCAGACUACUGCAGCUCGCGCAAUUUCUAGACGACAAUGUACAGCGGGAUUUCUAUGAAAUUCAACCUUGGGCUUCUCAUUUACUCAACAGCUGAGAAAUCGCAUUAAAACUUGUGCAGCGUUAUCUAAGUUGUUCCUGGCGCCAGCAGUAAGCAGCUCCUGGUCCUAGCACCGGUGUGGCAAAGUCGGUUUUCUAGAAAAAUAUAUUUGCAUACGGAAUUUCAGUGAAAGUAAGAAGCUUGGUGAUUUUCCUGCAUACCCUUAUCGACGAAAGUGAUCAAGUUUUGGGAACACGAACGCAGUUAGUCUAUCCGAUCGGUUCUUACACUGCCCUAGCAGGUGGCGUAGACAGGUACGAAGCGGCAAUGACGUGUCUACGCCUUCUCAGCGAUGCGGGCCAGCAGUUGCAGAACGAAUGGACCAGCCAAGUCGUCGAACUCGCGGACGAGAAGACAGCCGUUUCGGGCUUUUCGUAUCGGGCAGUGAGACUUUUAGAUCACCCGAACCAGUCGCGCGCGUACGAAAGUCUCAAGCAGAUGAUCGCCAAUAAGGUAGCGGAGGAGAUCGUGGCAGAGACGUCCGCUGCUCACUUCACACCGGCGGAGCGGAGUGCCUUUCUGAGCGCAGUCAUUUCGGAAGAUCCUGUGCCGCACCUCGCAACUUUACCGACGCAAAGUCUGAGGAAUCGCGCCUGCAUUUUUCACGGACUCUUGACGCAUGGCGUGCUGCUUAUCGCACUCACGAAGCGGCAUCGUGUUCAGUACGGCGCGAACCCGCAC